AUGACCGCACCAGCCGCCCAGAAUCUCGAUUACGACAUGACGCCGGAGGAGGGUCGCGCCCGCACCCUGGUGACCGCUGCCCGCACGGCGGUGGCCCAUGGCGACCAGUUGUUAGCCAGCCAUCUGUACCGGCGCGCCGGGAACCUCUUCAAACUGGACCGCCGCUGGCAGUGGGCCGGCAUCGCUUACCAAGAGGCCGGCGAGCGGAAAGCGCCCUUCGAGGUGGACGCCCGCCCCGACCCGUCCCUGACCCUGGCAGCGCGGCAGGGCACGGCCAUCGGGCUGCUGAAGACGGCCAGCGACUGCUUCGUCAAAGACGACAACCCCCACGAGGCGGUGGGCUGUCUGCAGACGGCGGCCGAACUCCUGAUGGACGGCGGGGAUUUCACCACGUCCGCUGGGUACUUCACGGCGCUGGGGCUAAUGGUGGCGCCGCUGCACGUCGACGCCGGGAUUCGGUUCUACGAAAAAGCCGUUCGCCUGCACGAAGCCGCGACCGGCUGGUACGGGCGGUUAUGCGCGCGGCCGGCGUUGCUGGGAAUCGGGGAGCUGUUGGCCCAGAAAGGGGACUACACCGCCGCGAUCAACCACUUCGAAGGGUUGAUUAAGCAUCACGCCAAAGAGAUUCCCGGGUCGGAGAUCGGCAGCGGGUACUCCGGGAGCGGUGCCGCCCUGACGGUGAGUGCCGCCUACUUCCGGGCGGUGCUGUGCUAUCUGUGCCGGGACGGACCGGUGGCCGCGCAGGAGGCCGUGCAGCAGUGGGACGCCACGCUGCCGCCGGCCGGCACCGCGUACAAUCCGGAGCGCCACAUUAUGCGACACGCCAUGGGCACCGCGGAGAACCGCUUCACCGCGGCCAACGUCGCGCGGGUCCUCCGGCCGGCGAGUAGCGGCUCGAGCAGCGUUCAUUAUGCCGCAGGUUUCGGGCAAAUGCUGGCGAAUCCUUUGGACAACUACGAAUUUGCGGACCUCCGGGGCGUCUACCCCCGUCUGGAGCCAUGGGCCAGAAUGAUGCUGGAGCGGGCGUUGCGACUGCUGCGUGAUGUUGAAGACGAAGGGCAUCGCUGA